UGCUCACAGUGGCACUAAGGAGAUGUUGACGCCCAGGUAGACAUUAUCACUUACACACAUAACACUUAACCUAGACAAGUUUUCAGAGAAGGGGAGAGCGUAAAAAAAGCAGUAUUUGCAGGUUAAUUAUCUGGAUAGAUACUCUGCGUGAUCUGGAUUGCUUACACACCUGUGUGAGUGUCUCUGGAGAAUGUAGCUGCAGCCUGUUAGCCAGGCCACAGGACACACACCAACAUGGGAGAAGCUCAGAAGGGCUUACUCUCUGUCAUAGAGAAACUGAAAGGAUCCACAGAUCAGGAGGUCAGGAUAGUGCUGCUGGGUUUGGACAACGCAGGCAAGACAACACUGUUGAAAAGCCUGGCCUCGGAAGACGUGAACACCAUCACACCAACACAGGGCUUCAACAUAAAGAGCGUGGCCUCUCAUGGCAUGAAACUCAAUGUUUGGGACAUUGGAGGACAGAGGAAGAUCAGACCAUUUUGGAAGAAGUAUCUGGAAAACACAGACCUCUUGAUUUAUGUUAUUGACAGCGCAGACAAGAAGAGGUUUGAGGAGACGGGAUUGGAGCUGUCUGAGCUGAUCGAUGAAGAAAAUUUAAAGGGCGUUCCAGUGCUCAUCUUCGCCAAUAAGCAAGAUCUGGCCACAGCGUCACCGGCUAGUGAGAUUGCUGAGGGGCUCAACCUGCACACGUACCGGGACCGCGAGUGGCAAAUUCAGGCAUGCUCGGCUGUUUCUGGGGAGGGAGUGCAGGACGGCAUGAACUGGAUUUGCAACAACAUUGUGAACAAGAAGAAGUGAAGACCAAUCCCAAAAUAACACUGACCAGAAUGAAUCAGAGCAUCAGCAACACAGAAUGUGAUUUGUAUCUUUCACGUCAUUUAAUUAUGAUGCAUUCAGCUGACUUCAUAGAUUGGAAUAACUGUGUUUUUAUGAAUUUUUAUUUUUAUGAAUGUUUUACAAAGGUAGUCAAUAUGAAGAAGUACCUAAUUCUAAUUAGUAUCAGUAUUUUAAGUAUCAACAUUGUUUUGAAAUUAAACAUUUUGGCUGUGUUCCUUUAUGCUGCAGUGACCAAGGAAAGUGUGUAGCAUUGCUGUAGCAGGUUGUGUGUGUGUGUAACGUGCACAUUUUGACAAUAAAAUUAGUUAAUUUCU